AUGACUUCAUCCUCUCCGAAGCUGCUCCCGCCAUCGACAGGACCCCGCUUGAUCGUAUACCACCAAACAAUCCACGACCCACAGGGAAACUGCAACUCGCUGCUCCCACUACUGACCAACAACACCGGGGUCACGCACGUAAUCGUCGCGGCCAUACACCUGAACGAUGGACCAGGCAACAUAACGCUCAACGACCACCGUCCCGACGACAAGCGCUUCGACCAGCUAUGGGGUGAAGUCAGUUGGCUGCAGGGCAGUGGCGUGAAGGUGCUGGGCAUGCUAGGUGGGGCAGCAAAGGGGACGUUCGAACGACUGGGCGGAGACGACGAGAGUUUUGAAGCACACUACAUUCCUCUCCACGCCAUCAUCUCCAUCUACAAGCUCGACGGCCUCGACCUCGACAUCGAAGAGCAAGUCCCCCUGUCGACGCCAACACGCCUCAUUGCCCGUCUCCGCGCAGACUUUGGUCCACAGUUCCUCAUCACGCUGGCACCUGUGGCUACGGCACUCAUUCCCGACCCCAACAUCGCACCGCAUCUACGCCCGCCCCGUCCCAUGCUGGCAAGUGGCCCAAGCCCGAACCCUCUGCACCCCACCCUACCACAUCUCAGUGGCUUCUCAUACCCAGAACUAGAGUGCAGUGUGUACGGACGAGAGAUUGCGUGGUACAACACGCAGUUCUACUGCGGGUGGGGCGACGCUGGAACUUCAGCAUGGUACGACGCCAUUGUCGCCGCAGGAUGGAAGCCGGAGAGAGUGGUCCUCGGCGUUGUCACGAAUCCUGGCAAUGGAGCCGGCCACGUGCCGGUUAAAAAACUCCGAGACGUAUGCGCCGUGUUGAGAGAGAAGUACAAAGAGGUCGGCAACGGCUUUGGCGGCGUCAUGGGCUGGGAGUACUUCAAUUCCGGCGACCAUGAGGAAGAUGUCGUGCAUGUGUCUGAACUCGAGCUGAACACCGAGACAGUGCAGGCUGGAUGGGUCGCCGCGCUGGGGAGGAUCUUGAGGACGGAGAAGCCAAGCCAUGCGCAGACGAGCAGACCGCCGCUUGGCAUCACGGCCGAGCAGAUCAGGCAGAUGGUGACGAGGUUGCCGCAAGCAAGGGCAACCUGGCCGGAAGAGGAGGUGCAGAAGUUGGUGGUACUGGGGUUUGCAAGACAGGAGGCGCUUGCCGCGCUGAAUGCAACAGACGGGAACGUGGAGAUGGCAGCCGGAUUCUUGUUCGAGCAGUAUCCGCAGUGA